AUGGCUGCCAAUUCAGCUUCCAAUGCCGUCGACAUGGCGCUUAGCCACGAGCCCAAAGUCGUGACGCCCCUCUAUGAGGUUGGCGAAAAGCAGGCCCUUGCCCGCUCCAACACCACGGAUAGCCACCACGACCCAACGCUCGUCGAAUUCGAGGCCGAUCUGGAGGGCGAGGAGCCCACCGCCGAGGAACUUAAGACGCUUCGCCGUGUCUCUGGCAAGAUCCCUUGGGUUGCUUUCACCAUCGCCUUUGUCGAGCUGUGCGAGCGCUUCGGCUACUAUGGCUGCCAGGUGCUCUACACCAACUUUAUCCAGCAGGACCUUCCUGUCAUCGAUGGUGUCCCCCAGACCACCGGUCGUGACCCACGUUCAGAAGGCCAGCCUGGCGCGUUGGGAAUGGGCCAAAGGGCUUCGUUCGGUAUCGGUCAAUUCAACUCUUUCUGGUCCUAUACCACGCCCAUCAUUGGCGCCAUCAUCGCCGACGAGUACCUCGGCCGCUUCAACACCAUCUUCAUCGCCAUUGCCUUCUCCAUUAUCGGCCACAUCCUACUCAUCAUCUCGGCCAUUCCAGCAGUCCUGACCAGCGGCAAGGCCAUCGCUCCCUUCAUCCUCGGCGUCAUCACCCUUGGGUUCGGAACCGGUGCCUUCAAGGCGAACAUUUCCCCCUUGAUCGCUGAACAGUACCACCAAACCAAGCCGCGCGUCAUCAAGGACCCCAAGACUGGCGAGCGCGUCAUCUCAGACCCCAACAUCACGCUCUCCAGAAUCUUCCUCUACUUCUACAUGUUCAUCAACAUCGGCUCGCUCACCGGCCAGCUGAGUAUGGUGUACGUGGAAAAAUACGUCGGUUUCUGGUGCGCCUAUUUGCUGCCCACGAUCAUGUUCUGCUGUUGCCCCGUUGUCCUUUGGUUCUGCCGCAACAAGUAUCACCGCAGCCCGCCUACGGGCUCUGUCUUGAUCCGCGCUGUCAAGCUCCUGGGUCUCGCGAUGAAGGGCAAAUGGUCUGUCAACCCAAUCCAGACGCGCAAGAACUUCAAGGGCGAGCGUUUCUGGGAAGAUGUCAAGCCUAGCCAUCUUGGUGCCAACAAGCCGAGCUGGAUGCAGUUCGAUGAUGCUUGGGUUGACCAGGUUGCUCGUGGUCUGAGGGCCUGCUCUUGCUUCACUUGGAUCCCACUUUACUGGCUCUCCUACAACCAGAUGAACAACAAUCUCACCUCGCAGGCUGCAACCAUGACGCGCAACGGUGUCCCCAACGACGUUAUCACGAACCUCAACCCCAUCUCCCUCGUCAUCUUCAUUCCUAUUGUGGAUAAAUUCCUCUAUCCGGCUCUGCGCAAGGCCAACAUCAAGUUCACGCCCAUCAAGCGCAUUGCCUUCGGCUUCGUGCUCGCUUCUUUCGCCAUGGUGUCCGCCGCCGUCAUCCAGCACUACAUCUACGCGGAAGGUCCCUGCGGCACAGCCAUGAACAGCUGCGACGACCCGGCUCCAAUCAACGUCUGGACGCAAUCCGUGCCCUAUGUCCUCGUUGGUUUCUCCGAGAUCUUCACAUCCAUCACUGGUCUAGAGUUCGCCUUUACCAAAGCACCAAAGAACAUGCGGUCGCUCGUGACUUCUUACUGGCACUUCAUGUCUGCCUUCUCCAACGCGCUGGGCCAGGCGUUCGUCUCGCUGUCCGAGGACCCGCUGCUUGUGUGGAAUUACACGGCGGUUGCGAUUCUCGCUUUUGUCGGUGGCAUCCUCUUCUGGUUCCAUCAGCGCAAGACGGAUGCGCAAGAGGAUAGCCUCAACAUGUUGGCUGAUUCCAAGUACGUCGGUCGCGAUAAGAACCACAGCGCUGUCGAGGAGCCUGCGCACCACGCUUAG